CGCUGAGUAGCCAUUUUGGUCCCACCUAAAACAGACAAACCAGCUUCACUUUGGGCCGCCGGAGAUGGAAGAAACCGAGCCCACGGCGAGUAUUUUAGCCACCCGAACCUUCUGAAUCCCUCCGAAAACUACCCACCGGUGACACUCGACGCCAUGGCUUGUUCCUAGGCAGAGUUUUGAGUGAGGAAAAAAGCCUUGGGUCAUUUUUUUGGAAGUGGCGAGCGACAGCGCCUUAACGUUAGUUUAGUUAGCUUCACGGACUCCAACCCGAACGGACAGACGGACACUGAUUUGGGUUGAACACAGGCCAAGAACGGCGUGUACGCGCCAUGUAAAUAUUGAGCAUUCGGCUAUUAGGCUCGUUUUAAUCGUGCGUUUAACGGUUCAGGUGCUCGACUCAAACACGUCCGGUCUGGUUGGAGAAUUGUCACGAUCCAUGCUGAGGCAGUUUGAACGCAUAGAGCUGCCAGGCAGAGCAAUAGUUGAUAUUUAUUUUGGCUGAGAAGGUGUCGGACUCGGACGUGUGACCAUCAGAGGUUGGUUCUGGGAAGGACGAUUCAAAGAUGUCAACAAAAACCCCUUUGCCGACGGUCAACGAGAAGGUGACGGAAAGUCAUACGUCCCACAGCAAUGGGCGCCAGGAGAUCACCGCACGCUCAGCCCGGACAGGGGUGCGACCCUCCCGCAGCUCGGAGGAGGCGCACGUCGGCAACUACCGGCUGCUCAAAACCAUCGGCAAAGGCAACUUCGCCAAGGUCAAGCUGGCGCGGCACAUCCUCACCGGCAGAGAGGUGGCAAUUAAGAUAAUAGACAAGACGCAGCUGAACCCAAACAGCCUUCAGAAGCUCUUCAGAGAAGUUAGAAUAAUGAAGAUCUUGAAUCAUCCAAACAUAGUCAAGCUCUUUGAAGUGAUUGAGACAGAGAGAACGCUCUACCUGGUGAUGGAGUACGCUAGCGGAGGAGAGGUGUUCGACUACCUGGUUGCACAUGGAAGGAUGAAAGAAAAAGAGGCCAGAGCUAAAUUUAGACAGAUUGUAUCGGCGGUGCAGUACUGCCACCAGAAGCACAUUGUUCACAGAGACCUCAAGGCUGAGAACCUGCUCCUCGAUGCUGACAUGAACAUCAAGAUCGCCGAUUUUGGCUUCAGCAAUGAGUUCACUCUGGGCAACAAGCUGGAUACGUUCUGCGGUUCACCACCGUAUGCAGCACCGGAGCUUUUCCAAGGGAAAAAGUACGACGGGCCGGAAGUGGAUGUGUGGAGUCUGGGGGUCAUACUAUACACACUGGUCAGUGGAUCACUGCCCUUUGAUGGACAGAACCUGAAGGAGCUGCGUGAGCGCGUGCUCAGAGGAAAAUACCGCAUCCCUUUCUACAUGUCUACAGACUGCGAGAACCUCCUUAAACGCUUCCUGGUUCUGAACCCAGCCAAGCGGGGUACUCUCGAGGUGAGGGAGGACGCAGAAAAUCAAAUCAUGAAGGAUCGAUGGAUCAACGCAGGAUUCGAAGAGGAUGAGCUCAAGCCUUAUACUGAGCCAGAGUUGGACAUCACAGAUCAAAAGAGAAUAGAUGUGAUGGUGGGGAUGGGCUACAACUUGGAUGAGAUCCAGGAGUCUCUGGCCAAGAUGAAGUACGACGAGAUCACAGCCACAUACCUGCUGCUCGGCAGGAAGGCCUCUGAGCUGGAACCCAGUGAGUCAGCCUCCAGCAGCAACCUGUCUCUGGCCAAACCCAGACCCAGCAGCGAGCUCAACGGCCAGUCACCCUCGCACCUCAAAGUCCAGAGGAGCGUCUCCUCAAACCACAAACAGAGGCGUUACAGUGAACAAGUUGGCCAGAAUGUCCCCCCAGGGAUGGCUCAUCCAAAGAGGAGUCAGACGACAACAGCGGAGAACGGCGGGAAAGAGGAGGGAGUCCAGCUCCGUAAACCCAGCACCCCAGGGAGCCGCGGGGCUCCACCCUCCAGUCCUCUGCUGGGCAACGCCAACAAUCCCAACAAGGCCGACAUCCCUGACCGCAGGAAAGGCGCCACCACCGGCCCUGCGAAUAACACUGCGUCUGCAGGCAUGACCAGGAGGAACACGUAUGUCUGCAGCGACAGGAACAACACAGACCGCCUCUCCGUCAUCCCCAACGGGAAAGAGAACAGCAUGACUGAGAUGGCUUGUGCCACUAGCCCCUCUUCUGCCUUUGCGGCAACUGCGUUCGGUGCCUCGUCCAGUUCGGUGCGGCUGAGGUAUCAAACCGUCGGCCCCUUGUACGCUUGCCAGGCAGGCUGGGCCACGCUGCCCCACUCCUACUACGCUCUGGACUACUGCUUGCCCAACAGCGUGGCCGUGUCCCCCGGGGGCCAGAAGAACCCGGUGGCCUCGACCCACAGCAUCUCCAACGCCACCACGCCCGACCGACUGCGCUUCCCCCGAGGCACCGCCAGCCGCAGCACCUUCCACGGCGGGCAGCUGCGAGACCGCCGCAUGGCCACGUACAACGGGCCGCCCGCGUCGCCCACCCUCUCCCACGACGCCACCCCUCUCUCCCAGACCCGCAGCCGUGGAACCAGCAACCUUUUUUCCAAACUCACCUCCAAACUCACCCGCAGAAACAUGUCAUUCAGGUUUGCCAAAAGAGUCUCAACCGAGUUUGAGAGAAACAGGAGACUUGAGGGCUCAAGUCGCCAUGUACCUGGGGAUCAAAAAGGGGAAAAUAAAGACGGUAAACCCCGCUCCCUCAGAUUCACUUGGAGUAUGAGGACCACCAGCUCCAUGGAGCCCUGUGAAAUCAUGCGGGAGAUUCGCAAGGUGCUCGACGCCAACAACUGCGACUACGAACAGCAAGAGAGUUUCCUGCUUCUUUGCGUGCACGGGGACGAGCGAGCCGAGAACCUGGUGCAGUGGGAGAUGGAGGUUUGCAAGCUGCCGCGACUCUCCCUCAACGGCGUCAGGUUUAAGAGGAUAUCUGGAUCAUCCAUCGCUUUCAAAAACAUUGCUUCCAAAGUUGCCAACGAGUUAAAGCUAUGAACAAAAGGGUUUAAAAUACAUAUAUACAUAUAAGUGUAUAUAUACAUAUAUCUAGAAGUAUUUAAGCUGUACAAUCAUCCUGGUAGCAGUUUCCAAAUGUCUUCUUUUUUAAACAAAAUACAGAGUAUGUAUUGAAUAUUCUAAUGUAUAGAUUAAGGCUUUUGGCAAUAAUCACUGAAUUACCUACUAAUAUCUGUUCUGGCCACACGGGGUCAGCAUUAACGAGUUGAAUAUGAUUUGUCAUGCUGUGAAUGUGGACAAAAAGCAUUUCUAGUCUUAUUUAUUUCUUUUUUUCUCUCCCAGAUUUAAAAAAAGUAGCGUUUUUGUUUUCAGUGUAAAUAAUGUAUCUUACGUUCAAGACAGCUUCACCCCAAUACUCCUUUUUCUUUUUGUAUUUCAUUUAGAGUAGAUGGGGAGUCUGUAAAUGCUCACAUGGUUAAGGGUCACUCAUGUUGCAAUUAAAGUGUCUUGUCAACUUGAA